CUCCUGAACCCGGGCGGUGAUCAUCCUUCGUUGCCGCUUCACACCGGCCUUGGCCGUGGUGGUUGUCUCUGUCCUCUGCUGGCAUCAGAGGCAUGCGCGAACGCCACACCCGAGAGGUUAUUAAGAAUUGUUGAGUCUGCAGUGUCAGGUCCCGCCGCUUACACUACCAGUAUGAGUGGAUCGUCGCGAUUAGAUGGACGCCAACACGUGCAGAGCUCUCAGCUGCAGACUGAGUCUCGGGAUGCUGCAGCCACCCAACCCGACAAGCGGCCGGGUCACAACAGCAAUUAUGACACGUUAGAUCCCAAGAGCAGUCGUGCCGGCGUAUCGCCACCAGACACGGAGUCGUCCGCGGCGGUAAACAGAACACCAGAGCCGCCGCCAGCUCAAGCGCCUCCUUUCGAUAGACAAUCGCACUCUCCUAUCUCCACGGGGCUGGCACCUGUUUCACAAGCACACCUAGACAUUUCAAAUACGCAAACCACCUCAUCCCAGACUCAGCGUUCGCCAGGAGCAAUGGACAUCAAUCGAUCAACUGGGCAGCAGGUCAUGCCUGACGCAUCGACAUCUAAUAAUCAACAGAACCAUCCAUCUGGAAUAAUCCCAGGGAGUCUGUCCCACAAUCCCGUAGCACCAAAGACGGCCGGAGUUGCCAAACCCCUUACCGAGACGGCCCGCAAUUCAGGCGUACACCGGCGCCGAUCCCGAAGCAUCGGCUCGCUAUCGCGUGAGAGCCGCAUCGCCGCGUUGUCGGUUCAUCUCCGCACCCGGUUGUCGUAUGCUGCGGCCAAGAUCGAGAAAAGCCGGCGUCAGGGUGUCCAGAGCCACUUGUCGCCUAGCACCGAGUCUUUGGCGAAGAUAGGGCUUCUGGGCGAGCUCGAGGCCCAGCGUAUACUCGAAAAUAGCUCACCGGAUGGCACCACCAUGUCGGCGCCGGAUCCGCCCGCAUCAUUCAACCUCCACACUCCAACCGGCUCGCGGCUGUCUCCAGUGGCCCAGUCUGUUGAUGCAUCGCCACCCCCAUUACAUCUCGAUCCGCCGAGAUCUCAAGCUUCCUCUCGUCCGGCCCGCCCAAAGCUCGCACCACCGGCAGAUAUCAUCGCAAGUGGAGGCAGCAGUCGACGUCGACGUCCGAAUCCUAAUGAACCAAUCACAUCCUUGCACCGCAGACAUCGUUCCCAGCAAGAAUUCGGCGCAUCCAGACCGGCCACACACUCAGAGAUAGUCCUUGUCCCGGGGACUCCUCCCCUCCGUCCCUCGCGGACGGCUCCGUAUAACGCAGGGAGCCACAAUCACGCUCGAAGUAGCGCCAUGGAGCAGGACGCUAUUGAGACGCUACUCUUCAUGUCCAGUCCUGGACACUCGGGCUAUCACUCCAGCUCGCAGCAUUCUCAGCCGCACCAGCAUGUCUUCCGGAGCAGCGACUCACGGGGAUCCGACGGCCGGGUGCCACCGAGUCAGGACUCACAUGCCAGCAGUUCCCACGGUUGGACUCCUAGAUCCCAUGGUCAGGACCUGGGUCUAGAAGCGCAGGCUGGAGAUGCGAUCGACCGAAUGCUGGACCAAAUGGACAGUGACAGCGAUGACGACAUCAAGUUUGCUUCGAGUCAUUCGAGCCGCCAAGCUGACAGCUCUCAGGGGUCUCAAGUCUCUCAGGGCUCGCAAGGCUCUCUAAAGCCCAACACAAAAUAUGGAUGAGCGGGACCAUCAUUAUAUAAGUGCCUGCUUAUCUCUCCGCUUACAUGAGCAGGAACCACUGGCCGGUGCGCUGCCCUGGCUGCACCGAACCUCGGUUGCGAAGGAACCAUUCCAGAAGAGGCCUAGGAUUGGCCAGACGGUCUCUAGCCGGCGGUUUCAUCCUCCUAUUGCAGUUCAUGUCUUCA